UCCUGUUUUGUUAACUGCAAUACACACGAGUGAAGGAGACGCUAAAAGCCAAACAUUUGGUCUAUUUAAGUAUCUUUAUUAGGAACAAAAACAUCCUCAGCACGAGAGGAAAGUUAUUAACUAAUACGGAAGUCGCUGGUUUAACUUUAUGUUUAGUUAAAGCCGAGUUUAACGUUAACCGAGCGUUAAAGCCAAGUUAACGUUAGGUCAGGUAACUUUAACCGUUAGCUUCGGUUGGAAAGGUAAGAUGCCGUCACGUGUUGAGGACUACGAGGUGUUGCUGACUAUAGGCUCAGGGUCCUAUGGAAGAUGCCAGAAAAUAAGACGGAAAUCUGAUGGGAAAAUUCUGGUGUGGAAGGAGCUGGACUAUGGCACCAUGGCAGAGAGUGAAAAGCAGAUGCUGGUGUCAGAGGUGAAUCUCCUGAGAGAGCUCAAGCACCCAAACAUAGUGCGGUACUACGACCGCAUCAUAGACCGCACUAACACCACGCUGUACAUUGUCAUGGAGUACUGCGAGGGUGGGGACCUGUCCAGCCUCAUCACACGAUGCAUCAAGGAAAGGCGUUAUUUGGAGGAGCAGUUUGUACUGCGAGUCAUGGCGCAGCUCAUGUUAGCCCUGAAGGAGUGCCACAGACGCAGUGAUGGCAGGGCCACGGUUCUCCAUCGAGACCUGAAGCCAGCCAACAUCUUCCUCGACAUCAAACAGAAUGUGAAGCUUGGAGACUUCGGCCUUGCAAGGAUCUUGAACCAUGACACCAGUUUUGCAAAGACAUUUGUUGGGACACCUUACUACAUGUCUCCAGAGCAAAUAGACCGGAUGUCAUACAACGAGAAAUCAGAUAUUUGGUCCCUGGGGUGUUUGCUUUAUGAACUCUGUGCAUUGUCCCCUCCGUUUACUGCUUACAACCAAAAAGAACUGGCAGAGAGAAUCAGAGAGGGGAAGUUCAGAAGAAUCCCAUACCGAUACUCUGAGGAACUGAACACCUUACUCUGCAAAAUGCUCAACCUGAAGGACUAUCUUAGACCCUCUGUGGAAGCUAUUCUCCAGAGCAGCCUGUUGGCCGACGCUGUUGCUGAGGAGCAGAGGAGGGCACAGGUGCGACUCAGGAGGAGGUCGACGGAAUCUGACAGUCCUGCUCACAAGCCAGCUGAACUGACACCCACCUCUGCCACAGAGCUCCGACUCCGAGAACAGGCACUGCGGGACAGAGAAAAUGCGCUGAAGGAACGAGAGGAGAGGCUGGAGAAGAGGGAGCAGGAGCUUUGUGUUCGUGAGCGACUGUCAAAUGAGAAGCUUGCAAGAGCAGAGAGUUUACUGAAGAACUACAGCCGUCAGCAGAGGGACCUGGCACUGUGCUAUGGCAAGGACAUAGACGGAGAGAACGUCUCCCCCGGUAAGAAGAAGGUCCACUUUGCUGGCGAGAGCAAAGAGAACCAGCGGCCCGGCGGUCGUCAGAGUGUGAUAUCUCAGGAGCUGAUUUUGAGGAGGCUGCAGGCGGCCAAUCUGCGCGCUCAGACACUGAAUGAAGUGGAGAAGACCUGUCAGUUCAAGAGCAGGCAGAUACUCGGCAUCCGCUGAUCAGAGAUAUCACCGACGUGUGACUGAUAUGUGUCAUGAUGACUGGAUGUAAAUUAAGAUUAAUUUAUAUGAUACUUUAGAAGCUGUGAAGGUAGUGAAGCCAAAUGAUUGAAUCCUGUGUAUUGUGUGUGCUAUUGCAAGGUUUGUGGUGUGGAUUUUAUGUAGUUUGACAAUUUCAUGUGUGAAUGUGUUCAUUUUAUUUGCAGCUAUUUUGAUUGUACUGUAUAUUCGUGAUAAGUAUAUGUACAUUUUCUGUUACAAACUCCUUAGAUACGGAUAUAAAAGGGCAGCUUGUUUAAUGACUUAUCUAUGAGAAAAUGUAAAAAUGUGUGGUUUAGACAAGAGUGACAGUAGUUUGUGAACCUGAACAUUGGAACUAUGCAGAAUGAAUGAUUCAAAUCAUUAAUUGUAGUUAUAAAUAAGAUACAGUAACAUUAUUCAUGCUGAAAGUCAUUGUCAACACCAUAGAUUCUCACUAUGCAUAGUAAAAUACGUAUGUGCCUUUUA